AGCCAUUCGGGAUUCAAAGGUACGCGUUAGAAGUGAUUGUAUUUUCCCACCCUUUUCUGGACAUGGUAGUACAGUGUUUGACACAUCUUCUACGGUAUCCCGUGCUGUUUUUGCUGCCACGGUAGGGACAGCAUCAAUGGAUAGACAACUGAACAGUUCAGCAUCCCCUUUAAAGUUGCGGUUUUCGACAACUCCACUUUCUGGACAUGGUAGUGCAGUGUUUGACACAUCUUCAAUGCUGGUUACAAAAGCGUCUAUGCUCAUAACGACUGUAAAGGCAUCAUCAAUUGCUAGACAACUAAAUAAUCCAGCAUCCAAAGAACCGAAGCUAUUUUUAUUGUAUGUCACAUUGGGUCCGUUAUUGGGAUUUCUGUUUGUAUUGUGUUUGUGCGGAAGCUAUCUGUUGUAUAAACGAUGGUUGGCAAGGCGUCGCAACAGAAGGGUAUCAUUGCAUGAACAUCCCUCGGAAAUAGAACUGAUAGGUUUAGGACGUUUGGAACAGGGUAGCGGGAGCACAGGAGUGCCGCUCGACACUGCACUAUGA